AUGAAUUGCUCAAGUGAACCACCAAAUGGUUACAUAAUCCAUAAUGCAAAUAUUUAUACUUCUGAUAAUGAUUUACCAAAAAUCGAAUCAUUUGUAGUAAUGAAUGGAAGGUUUAUAGAUAUUGGUAAUAAAAUUGAUUUAAUGAAAAAAUGGAAAGGAUUUAAAAGUAUCGAUUUAAAAGGUCUUACCAUAUUACCUGGAUUAAUUGAUGCGCACGGGCACUUGCAAUAUCUAGGAGAUUCUUUACUAUCAGUGAAUCUCAUAGGAUCAAAAUCCGUUGAAGAGAUACGUGAAAGAAUUCGUGAAUAUAUAGGUUCACAUCCUAGGAUCGAUCCUACCACGGAAUGGAUCGUAGGAUGGGGAUGGGAUCAAACACUAUGGACAUCAAAAUCAUUUCCAACUUGUAACGAUAUAGAUUGUGAUCCAUUUCUCAAGAAAUUUUCGAUCUCAUUGUCACGUAUUGAUGGACAUGUUAUGUUAGUAAAUAAAAAUAUUUUAGUUAAAAUAGAAGAAAAGACUGUUGAUGGUGGUGAAAUUGGAAAAGAUAAAGAAACUGGCGAAUUAACUGGGAUUUUCGUUGAUAACGCUAUGCAACUAAUCACGAAAAUUAUGCCUUCUCCAAGUGAACAAACAUUAUUACAGCAAUUACGAUUAGCGAUUUAUAGAAUGCAUUCUUUUGGAUUAAUUGGAGUACAUGAUGCAAGUGUCUCGCUCGAUACACUUAAAUUUUACAAAAGGAUUAUUAAUGAACAGUCGGAAGAUUUUAAUAUCCGAUAUUACGCAAUGGUUGAAGUACCAAAUAAUAAUUAUAUUGAUGGUAUUGAGAUAGUUGAAGGAUUAGGUGAUGGAAGAUUGACUGUUAGAAGCGUUAAGCUAUUUAUGGAUGGUGCUUUGGGAAGUUGGGGAGCAGCAAUGUUGGAACCUUAUUCUGAUGAUCAAACGAAACAUGGACUUCUAUUGUCUGAUCCAACUUUGUUACCAUCCGAAAUCAGAAAAUGGAUGGAUAAGGGAAUCCAAGUUAAUACACAUUGUAUAGGUGAUAAAGCAAAUCAUGUAGUAAUCAAUGCAUAUGAGGCAGCUUUUAAGGAUUAUGUAUUAUCACAAAAUGUCGAUAAAGAAUUGUCGGAACAAGAAAUUGAUGAAGAAGUAAAGAAAAUUGCAGAGAAAGUUAGAUUUAGAAUCGAACACGCACAAAUUUUGACUUUGAAAGACAUUAAACGCGUUAGUAGAUUGAAUAUCAUACCAUCAAUGCAACCCACUCACGCAAUUUCUGAUAUGAAGUAUGCUGAACAGAGGUUAGGUAGUGAGCGUAUUAAGGGCGCAUAUGCAUGGAGGAGUUUUAUAGAAGCAGGGGUGAAAGCAUUCCCGCUUUCUUCUGAUUUUCCUGUUGAGCAUGUAAAUCCAUUUUUAGGAUUUCAUGCUGCUAUUUCAAGAAAAGAUGUUGACGGAAAUUCCCCACACGGAAAAGAUGGAUGGUUCCCAUCACAAAAAUUAACUCGACAAGAGGCGUUAAAAGGAUUUACUAUUGAUGCCGCUUAUGCAGGAUUCAGCGAAAACGUAAUGGGAUCGAUUACUAUAGGAAAAUAUGCCGAUUUUGUUGUAAUUGAUAGAGAUAUUAUGGAAGUACCUGAAAUGCAAAUUGUUGAUACAAAAGUGUUAGCUACUGUAUUUGGUGGUAAAGUUGUUUUUGGUGAUUUAAAAAUUUAA